AAUUUUAGACUUUUUUAGUUCGUAAUAUUUCUAAAGAUGCAAGUUAUUGCUCCUUCAUCUCCGGCGCCAAAAUUCACCGGAAAAGAGAGAUUUUCAGAAGUAUACGGUGAACUAAACGACGAUUUUGGCUCAAAACUGAAGAUUAGUUCUACAGAGGAAGAAAACAGAGAUAAAGAUGAAGAAGAAGAGUUCUCAUUCGCAAGUGUAAACGCAGAGAAUUCACCGAUAACCGCAGAGGAAGCGUUUGAAGACGGUCAGAUCCGACCGGUUUAUCCUCUGUUUAACCGGAAUAUUUUCUUCGAUGAUCCAAAGGAGGAAACUUUACGUUCACCUCUCAAGAAACUCUUCGUUGAAGCCACAACCACCGAAGAAGAAGAAGAAGAAGAAGAACCGAUGGGUCCGUUUUGUUCAUGGUCAAAUCGUACGGUGGAAGAAGCAUCACCGGAGACUUGUCGGAAAAGUAACUCAACAGGGUUUUCAAAACUAUGGAGAUUUAGAGAUCUUGUUUUGAGAAGUAACAGUGAUGGAAAAGAUGCGUUUGUGUUUUUAAGCAACGGCUCUUCAUCUUCGUCGUCGACGUCGUCUACGUCGGCGAAAUUGAGCGGUGCCGUGAAGUCGUCGGAGAAAGGGAAAGAGAAAACGAAGACGGAGAAGAAGAAGAAGAUGAGAACGAAAUCGGCACAUGAGAAAUUGUAUAUGAGAAACAGAGCAAUGAGAGAAGAAGGAAAACGAAGAUCGUAUCUACCGUAUCAACAUGUUGGAUUCUUCACUAAUGUUAAUGGUUUAACCAGAAAUAUUCAUCCUUUUUGAUUAAACCGGUCUUGUUUCAAAAUCUCUACCGACAAAUCUUUGCCUUUGUAUAUAAUAAUCUAACUUUUUUUUUGGUACCUGUGUAUUAUUAUAACCUUUUUGUAAGUAAAAGUGAAACUUUACU